AUGUGGAGAAAAAGAUACAAUUCAGGUUCAAGGAGACUCAGUCCCUAUUAGGUUCAUUAACAAUCAACAUCACCCUAAUAGACCGACUAUGAAGACUCCCUUACAGCUAAAUGUCUGAUUAGAAUGUUUAUGGAAAAUGGUAAUAUAGAGGACCCCAUUUUUUAAAUUUUAUUCAUUGGAGAAUCAAGAACUAGGUAGGAAGAGAUGGAAUCAGAUCUUGUUUAGAAGGUUUAUUCCUUGAUGGGUGGAGAAAAAGGAUAGGUCAAACGGAGCAAAGGAAAGUCUGAAGCUGAAGUUGAGGAUAAAGGAAAUGGGAAUCGAUACAGAAGUCAAUGGAAAGUUGGCAAAGUAGUCUAUUAUGGGUGCCCCAAUGGUUAUCACAACAAAGAAUUGGAUAAAUAAAUCCGGGAGGAGAAAAGAUUUUGA